ACAGACACAGCUCUGUGGGUGAAAUCGAAUUCACGGACUGUUUGAUGCAGUACUAGUUAAGGGUGUAUUGUUGUCGUGGACUGUGUGACGAGUUUAUGUCCUGCAGAAAUGGCCGGGAUUAAAGCUCUGAUCAGCCUGUCCUUUGGUGGGGCUAUUGGCCUCAUGUUCCUGAUGCUAGGAUGUGCUCUUCCAGUGUAUGAUAAAUACUGGCCCUUGUUCCUCCUCUUCUUCUACAUCCUCGCCCCAAUCCCUUACUGCAUCUCCCGGAGAAUUGUUGACGACACAGACUCGGCCAGCAACGCCUGCAAAGAGCUGGCAUUAUUUCUCACAACGGGCAUAGUGGUUUCAGCCUUUGGCCUGCCCAUCAUUUUCGCAAGAGCUGAUGUUAUUGCCUGGGGAGCAUGUGCGCUUGUGUUAACAGGCAAUGUAGUCAUCUUCGCAACCAUUCUGGGAUUCUUUUUGGUCUUCGGCACAAACGACGACUUUAGUUGGCAGCAGUGGUAAAAUUGGGGUGUGGGGGGGGCUAAGUCAGAAUUGUUUAUUACUAGCAUUGUUAUUAUUAUUGUUAUGAUUGCAAUUAUUGUUUGUUGUUAUUUAUGACUGCCCGUCCAUAGACACACGAAACCAGUGCAAUAAUCUGUUUUAACUGUCAUGCGGAAUGUCAGACUGACUUCAGGUGGAUGUGCUGACUUUCAUUUUGACUUUUAUUUUUUGCUCCAUGUUUGUGAGUCUUCUCCCUUCAUGUACUGUACAGGCUUAUUUUUUGAGUGUUGCGAUAAAAUAUUGUUGAGAUCAUAAAUGCCCAUCUAAUCUGUGCAAAUGCAAAAAUGUCCGCCUGGACUCAGAUUGACCUUUGGAAGGGGUCUUUGGCCAUCGGUUUGAGAUUUUUUUUCCAUUGUCUGAAGGUUAGAAGCUUUUUUUUCCUGUGACAAAGAUAUCUUACUGAUAAAAGAUAUGUAACUUUGGGAGUGUGGGUGUAUAGUAGUGUGCUGGUCAGUUUCGAGAGGAUAGUCUCCCCCUCCAAGUGCUGACAUGAAGCUGAAGCACUGGAUAUUUUGCAUGGAGUAAAGGUUGUUUUUUGAAAAGCACAUUGAAAGCUGAACGCCUGUGAGUUUCUCUCAGCUUGAAACCAUUCAAUAUGAAGGUAGAUACAGCAUAUAUUGAUAUAAUGCAUUAUCCAAUGCACUGUCCCCCAUUGCAGUGAUCAAAUUCGAAUGACUAAGCUAUUCACCGACAUUCAUUUGAUACAGGCCUCUUGUGUUUGGUUGUUUAGCGUAGCGUAGCAUAUUCUACCCCUUUUGAAAAUUGUCUAGAAGUCAUUGUAACCCUGUGUCAUCUUUUCUCUUUGGAAUAGAGUCAUCAAAAACCUUGGUCAGACAGCCCAGGAUUAAGGUUACCCGGCGUGAAAUGUGGCCAACUUAAGAUCUAAGCUACUUAUAACCCGGGUCACUAAUACCGCUAGCCUUAGAUUUACCAGGUAUCCAAGAGACCAAUUGGUUUCAAUACCAGUAAUUGGAAACCAAGCCUGCACUGUAGUUAUAUUUCACAAAUAAAUGUGGAUGAACCCUCGUUUUUACCAAGGCAUAUCAUGUUUUGUUCUAUAUUUAGUACAUCUGCACUAAGAUGUUCUCCCGUACUCUCCCCGAAGGAAAUUAAUUUGCCGUAUAGGUCUAAACUACUUUUAAUGUGGUCAUUGUAUACUUGCAUUGGGUGUGCUGAUAUCAUACAUUCACUCAGUGUAGUUUGCUGUUACUUAAAGGUGUCAGAGAACUGUGUCCUGAGCUUUGAAUUGUGCUGUUACAUUUAACGGAACUAGUUGUAGCUAAGCAAGGUAUUAAGCAUCUGUCACCCUGUGUGCACUGGCCUGUUUAGCUGGGUGGAAAGGUUGCGUGUUUUAAGAUAACUGCUCCAUCUGCAAAAUAAAAACAAAGAUAUCUUUGAAAAGUGGUCUCUGGAAGAGGCCCAAAAAAAAAGACUGAAAUCCAUCUAAAAAAAUUCCAGAAGUAAUCGGAAGCACCGAUUUUCAUCCGGUAUCUCUUUCUGUCCCACUCAGAUUGUGAGUAAGUUUGUCAACUUCUUAUUUCCAGUCUUCCAGAGACCACAACCUCCAUGAAGAUGGUGAUCAUAAUGAAAACCCUUUGGCACCUUUUGUGAGUUUAGCUGAACUUUUUAAAUAAUCAUUGUUACCUUGAUUAUCAAAGGUAAUGUUACAACAAAUGGCCUUUGGUGUUUUUGUUAUCCUUUUAUGUAUGGAAAGUUUAAACUUUACUUAUAUCAAAACAAAUGAUAAAAUAUACAUUUGUGCCUACAGCAAUGCACUGAUGGCAUAUCUAUAGUUUUUGGACAUCCAGGUUAGGCUAUUUAUAGCAUUUUGAGCCACAAUUGAAGUAUUAUAGACUGAGUAUUGCUUAGUGAAAGUUUGGGAAAUGUACAAAGACUUUCAAUACCAUUCUAUCAAACAAAUGAACACACACAAACUGCAUAAUCAGGUCAUUCCAGUCAUGGGAUGGGUUUGUCACUGAUCUCUUUUGUGAAAGAUGUGUUGUUUCACACAACGGGAAGAAUAUUUUAUUUAUUGGUAUUAGAGGACGCUUUGUGUAGAUGACCAAUUGCCACUUUCUAUCUACAACUGUUGUUUUUGAAGGCAGAGGUCAGCAUGGGGGUUUUCUUUUCUAAAUAAAAGCCUUUUUUGAACAUC